AUGAAGCCUGGUAUAGACUCUUUGCGAUAUCUCGUCUCUGUACGGAUGCACAUGUCACCUCCUCCUACGAACUCCAAAGAAGUGGGCCAUAUCCUCAAUGGAUUGCGAAACUUGGGAAAAGUUGAGUUCUUCAAGGUGGAAAGGGACAAGUCCAAUUGCGCUGUUUAUGGCCAGGAGCUCUUUGUAGUAUUCAAUCCUUCUAGAAAAGAUGCGUUUGGCUCUAUUGAAAUAACAAAAGAAAUUGAAAAUCUGAACGACAUUAAUUCAGUAGAGGAUGAGGUUACUCUACUAGCAUCGCAGAAGAAGAUCGUUGACAACAUAUCAUCCAUAGUGGCUCUUCCACGUUAUUCGUAUAUCGAAAACGACGAACGAUAUUUGAAUGGAGAAAUUGAGAUACCAUUCAAGCACCGUCUUGUCAAAGACGGCCUAAAAUACGAUAAUCGGUAUACUAUUCCAUCAUGCACAGUGUAUAACCCCUUUGCUCAUAUACGGCCGGCUGAAAAUGAAAAGAAUUUCAAUUACAAUUUUCUCCGUGCUAAUAUACGGCACAACUUCCAGAAGUUUCAUAAGUUCGAUCCUAUCACUAUCAAAAUUGGUCUCUCGCCUUUAACCAGAUGGAUUCUGCCCAAACCAAAAAAGAGUAUCCCAUUUACUGGGUUCAUAUAG